AUGGAUGCCAAGGAAGCCAGAGGCGAGAAGCCUGAGAAGCCAGUCGAGGAUUGGCAGAAGCGUGCACCUUACAAGAUCCACGAGCCCAACGAGAACUUCAAGGCCAGAUAUGAGGCUAGCUGCCACUGCGGCAAGGUCAAGUACCAACUGAGCAGAGAGGAGCCUCUUGACUCUAAGUUGUGCCACUGCACUACUUGCCAGACUCAGCACGGUAUGUUGUUAUGCCUUCACACGAUUGAGACUUUAGCUGACGUACGUCUUNNAGCUGCACCUUUCCAAUGGGCCGCCAUUUUCCACAAGGAGGACAUCAACUUUUCUAACGGACACCAUGACCUCGAGUGGUACGACCCUAGCGAGAAGUCGAUUGAGCACAAGCUUCCCUGCAAGGUUCGCUGCUCCUUCUGCCACAGUCCCAUCAUGGACGAGGGUAGAAACAUGAUCCUGCUCUUCCCCAGCUUGGUCCACCUCAAGAACGACGAGGACAAGGCCAACUUCAAGCCCAGGUAUGCAGCCUUCUGA